CAAUGACGAGGGCUCUAGAGGUGUUUCCGAUAUUCGCAACGUGCUUUCACCGUUGAAAGCAUCCGCGGCACUUUCAAGCUGAAGGUCUUUGAGCGAUAUAUCAUCUUGACCGGGCCCGUCAUUGCUCUCAUCCAGUCACAACCCCCGACGAAACGGUCGUAAAAGUACAGUAAUCCACUUAAUUAUACUUCUCGUUCUCCACAUUCGUUACUCUCAGGAGUAGAUUAGUCCCUACGUCGCUGACUCGGCCGAUGAGGACUUCGGACCCGAAAGAACUCUCAAUUACUACAGCUUCCCAGGUUCACAAAGGAUAUAUAUACACCUUUCCACUUACACCUAAACAUGAACCUCACAUUCAUUUCAUUCACUCAAACGCGAGUGAUGUCUAGAGACGAUCCGACCGCAGGCGCGAAUGAACCGGGACAAACCACCGCCCUUAUACCCAAUCAGGCAACUGCACUUUCUCAGAACGUUCAUGAUGUCAACAAGUCGCCUUCUGCAACUGUUGGAGACGAAAAAAAGGAGCCUGACGUGGAGAGAAAAGAGACAGAAGACACAUCAUUGACCACGCCUGAGAAACCUUAUAGCGCCUUCACAAAAACUGAGAAAUGGCUCAUCGUCACUAUGGCCGCCGUUGGUGGUCUCUUUAGCCCUCUCACAUCGAAUAGCUACUUUCCUGCUAUACCGACGAUGGCUCUGGCUUUCAACAAGUCUACCGAGUUAAUUAACUUGACUGUCACCGUUUACAUGGUACUUCAAGGUGUUGCGCCAAUGAUAUGGGGACCUUUAGCCGACCGAUGGGGACGACGGCUCAUCUUCCUCGCAUGUUUGUUUGUCCUUACAUUGUCAUGUGUCGGAGUGGCUCUCACCCCUACUAAUGCCUACUGGCUUCUGAUGUUGCUGCGGUGCGUGCAAGCUAUGGGCUCUGCGAGCACGAUCGCCCUUGGUGCUGGAGUGAUUGCGGACAUUGCUGCUCAGUCUGAACGGGCGGGAUUUUAUGGGAUCUACAGCAUUGGUCCGAUGUUUGGCCCUUGCAUUGGUCCUGUCAUUGGCGGUGCAUUAACUCAAAGUUUGGGAUGGAGAUCUAUCUUCUGGUUUUUGUCUAUCUGUUCUGGUGUUUGGUUUAUUAUCAUGCUUUUGUUCUUCCCUGAAACCCUUCGCGCUAUGGUUGGGGACGGCAGUAUCACCGCGCCGCUAUCUCAUAGACCCCUAAUACCAAUUCUCCUCCGUCACCAGCCCAAUGUCAACACCGAACGACCCUCACCCAAGCCACUCGCAAACCCAUUCCGCCUCUUCCUCAACCUAGACGUGGAUGUCCUCUUGUUUUUCUCUGGGAUGAUCAACGCUAUAUUCUAUGGUGUCAUCGCGAGUAUAUCGUCUCUCUUUACGGAGGUCUAUCCGUUCUUGAAUGAGACAGAUAUCGGCUUAUGCUUUUUGAGUAUCGGAGGCGGGAUGUUGAUUGGAGGCACACUAACAGGGAAGAUCUUGGAUAGGGAAUAUAGGAAUAUCAAGGCCAAAUUAGUGCGGAAAGCCCAAGGCCAGCUCGACGCAAACACCAAGGCCGCUGACACAGAGGCCGAUCCUCCGGAUGUGAAGAUCAGGGACGAAGACUUUCCCAUUGAGGUGGCGAGAUUCAGGAUCAUGCCGGCCUAUCUGAUUAUUUCUGCCAUUGCGUGCGUCGGUUAUGGCUGGUGCCUAGAGAAGAGGGUGAACAUCGCUAUUCCGCUUGUUCUUCUCUUCAUCAUGGGUUUCACGGUGAUAGGCAUGAUGAACACGGUACAGACACUCACCAUAGAUUUGGCACCGACGCAGGGCUCCUCAAUCACGGCAUGUAAUAAUCUCAUUCGGUGCUCCAUGGGUGCCGUAUUAGUGUCUAUCAUAGACUUCAUCAUCAAGGCUGUUGGUAUAGGCUGGACAUAUGUCAUUCUGGGAGCGUUGUGUUUCAUUAACUUUCCGGUCAUAUUUUUUAUCAUAUAUGUUGGUCCCAAGCUUAGAGCCAAGCGCAGAGCGCGUCAGAUGUGACCGCAGCCUUGUUGCUUUACAUCGCUUUGAUUCUCGCAUUAUGAUUUGUCGGCUUUGUUUAGAGAUACAGUACUGCAUUCGUCUCUUUGUGUUCUCUCGUUCGGACCCUAGCUUUCCUUUUGGUCUACAAUAUCUACAGCUUUGAUACCCCUGCCAAACGUCGUUUCUGUACUAACGUGUCUGUACGAGUCAUGCAUACUAACGUUACAGUACGAGUAUCAAUGUCAAUGUUCAU